AUGUUGUACCGUGAGAGUGUGCGGAGUUCCAAGUCCGACAAGACCUCAACUCGGGCCGCUAAUGAGGAGGCGAAGGUGUCACUUUCGGCGUUUAGCUUCCUCUUCUCUGAGAUGUGUACGCAAGCACAUAAUACACCCUUCAAGGCCUCCAACGUUGAGGAGAUUGAGCAGCGGUUGACAGGCCUUGGCGCAUUGGUCGGAGCACGGCUUAUCAUGUUGUCCUCUCUGAAGGACCAUUUAGAGCUUCAACGACGUCCUGUCACGAUUGAGGCGGCUCUGAAGCUUUUUCAGGACAAACUGUGGUCCCGCUGGUUUGGUAAACCUGCGAAUGACCUCCAACGUGAGACAGGUUCAGACCGGUUUUUUAUCUUUGACAGCGACCCCAUUGUAUUGAAGUACGUCUACCCAUCACCGGAGUAUGUGGAUGCAGAAGGCCGGUGGAGCAUCAACUACGCAAGUUUUAUGGGCGGCAUCGUUGAGGGGGCACUGAAGGCAGUUGGGUUUGCUGCAGAAGUGUUCACCUACCACCAACCAGAGCCUGGGAAACCCCAUCAAUCGAUUUUUGCAAUUUCGUUCCCACAGCAUGUAUGGGAUCGUGAACGGCGCGUGCGUGGGUAA